CAUAAAUGAACCUUUACGUGGGACCAUUUUAUGUCAUGCUGUCACUCUGGUAGAUCCUUCAGAAAGAUUUAGUUUUAGUUUUACAGGGAAGGAAUCUGUUUGCCAGACCUUGUCUUUUCGGAAAAAUUAUAUUGAAAAUUGAACAAUCUGCAGUAAUAAACAGAUCCUUGUAAUAAAAAAGAGUUUUCAGGUAGUAGGUUUAAAAUGUACGGUCAUAUAAAUAUUGCUCUUUUCCUGAAGUUACUGUGUAUGUCAUCCUUUGACAUUAAAGAGUUAGAUUAUGAACCGGAUCUAUGCACGUUAAACGGAACAGGUUCUAUGAUUUCGCAGCGCAGAGACUUUUAUGUUUCCGAACUAUGUCUGGAAAACGGAUGCUUAACGAAAGACUCAGAAACAUUUACAAACAGGCUAGUUAACGUCGAUGACCUAGUAUCUAAUAUCAGAAGCUAUUCACACUGCGACGCUUGCUAUAAUUCCCAGUGUCGCAAAGACGCUUUUGAAAUAAAAGACAAUUUAGAUGAGGCUGUGAACCCAUGUGAUGACUUCUAUCAAUUUGCCUGCGGUGGAUGGCUGAAAAGAAAUACCAUUCCCGAGAACGAAUCUUAUGUUUCAGUUUAUUCAAAACUUGAAGAUCGUAUCUCACACCAACUCAAGACUCUCUUAGAAAUGGCGACAGGAAUCGAUCCUCCUUACAUUCGAAUGGCAAAAGAAAUGUAUAAGUCCUGCAUGGAUGAGGAAAGCCUCAAGAAAGCAGGAAGUGAACCUUUGAAGAAGAUUCUGAAAGAUCUCGGUGGCUGGCCAGUCACUGAAGGAGACAGCUGGGAUCCUGAGUCCUAUGACUGGAUUGAUCAUCUCAUUAAACUGCGCGAGAAGGGCUUAAAUCAUAACAUCCUUAUAGGUCUGUCUGUAGUGGAGGAUCUUCAAAGUGUCACGGGCUAUCUGAUAAAACUGGAUCAGCCGUCCUUAGAAUUAGGUCGUGAACGCCUGUUCCCUUCAAAUACAGAGGGAAAAUUCGGUUACUUUGAUUUGAUGCUGAAAGUAGCUCGCCUAUUAAGUGCAAAUGAUGAUUCCUCAUUGGAGCCCAGUUCCAUAUUUAACCCUGCUUAUUUGGACAUCGCUCUUAAAGUAGAGGCUUUCGAAAACAGUCUCAAAAUCAUGUCUUCAAAUUCUGAUCACAGGAUAAGGCACAAGAUAAAGGUUCAGAGGCUUAUGGAUGAAGCAAAAGACGUUGACUGGCUGAAGUACUUGAAUGGAUUAGUAGAUGCUAGAAUUUCUAAAGAUGAUAAUUUAUUUAUUGAUGAUUAUUUUUACCUCAGAUAUUUCAGCAGUUACAUCCGUAAUGCUGACAAAAGAGUGGUGGCUAAUUAUAUAAACUGGAGAGUUGUUCAUGAGACUUUGCCCCUAUUGUCGAAGGAAUGGAGGACUCUGGGUCAAAGGCCAUUGGACAAGCCAGACGUCCCAGAAAAACAACCACGUUGGAAACAAUGCGUUUCUUCCCUUAUGGAUAAUUUGGCAGUUGCAAUUAAUACUUAUUAUGUGGAAUAUCACUUAGAUAGAGAAACCUAUUAUAAAGUAGACCAUAUGUUUCUUACUCUAAAAAACGUUAUGGCAAAUGUCGUUCUAGAGAGUGAGUGGAUGGAUGUAGAGACUUCAAUGACUGCCAGAAAUAAAGUUCUAAAUAUGGACAUACAUAUUAGUUAUCCAACAAGGCUUCUGAAUUCUCGUAUCGCAGAGCGAUACGAAAAUUUGACACUAAGCAACGAAAGUUACUUCGACAAAGAGAUGAAAGUGCGCAAAUGGUCAACUGAUUAUUCCUUUUCUCACUUGAAAACUCAUCCUCACUCCAACACAGCACUGGGGUUCAAACGUAGACCAACAGAUACGUAUGUUGUAUUUUAA